AUGGACGUGUGUAUGCCGGUGUUUGUGUGCGUGAAAGAGAAUGGGAUACCGCAUAAAACAGUUGUUGAAAUCAAGUCCAAUUGUGACGAACACAUGGGUGGCAAAAUCGGGCACGACCAGAAGCAACUUGGCGUGGAGACUGGACAAAAGGACGAGAAGAAAUACGCACACCGGAGUCAAAAACGGAAGUUUGCACGUGGAAGAUGGACAACCGGUGACAUUAGUAAACAAAUCCUACGUGCAUCACUAGACUGCACACCUGUUGGUCACGCACGGAACAUCACACAUUGA